GCCCUGUGGAGGAGGGAAUGUGAAUGUCAUUUACAGUACGCACUUGGUAACGAAACACUGAGGAACCUUCCAAGAUUCCUAGAGAUAGCCUAUGUGCCAAGGCACUGAAGAAGCUGAUAAUGAAGGAAAAUAAUUUUAUACAAUCAUGUGCCUUAUUUUUUGUCUUCAUACCAAUCUGUGCUGCAGUCAAUAAAAACAUAAUGUUCUGCAGCGAUUGGAAAGCAACUGAACUAGCAUAUAGCACAAUAGAUGAAUGUCAGUGGAGUAAAUGUCCCUUGAAGGCACAUGAAAUCAACAGGCUAAAAUUUACCUGUUUGAUUCAAGAGAAUUUGGACCAUCAAAGGUAUUUGUUGGAAAAGCUUCAAGACAUGGAGGUGGGGGCUGCCCUCCCGCUGUACGGCGGCGGGGCGCAGCUGCAGCCCGGCCGGCUGCAGCUGCCCGCCCAGCUGCGCCAGCUCACCGAGCGGCUGGCGCAGCUGCAGCUGCGGCCGCAGCCGCUGACGGCCCGGCUGGUGCGGCGCGUCUCGGAGCUGCUGCUCCAGCUGCGCCCCAGCGGAGCGCCGGCGGCCGGCUGGCGCCAGGCCGCGCAGUCGCUGUCGCGGAAGGGCCCGUUUGAGCCGUGGCCGGGGUUCGGAGACACGCUGGUUGCCAUGGCAACCGGCCGCAUCACCAGCGCAGACGUCGCCAUGGUCGGCAGCCAGCUGAAGCUGCUGCUGACGCUGGAGGGAAACCAGCAGAUCCUGUUCAAGCCGCAAUGGUACCGCCGGGACCGUCCGCUGCGCGGCGGCCUGCUCUCGGGCCGAGACCGGCCGCACGCCGAGCUGGCCAGCUGGCACCUGCAGCGGCUGCUGGCGGUGGGCCGCGCGCCGCCCGUCACCGGACGCGCCCUGCGGCUCGACGCCGAGGUGCGGCCCGUGGCCACCGCCCGACUGCGACGGACCAUCACCCGGAGAGGACCCCGCUGCUGUGUGUCGGGCGAGUGCCGCUACUGCUCCCCGGAGCGGCCCGUCUGCACGGACAGCGCCGGGCUGCUGGCGGGCGCCGCUGUCCUCUGGCUGCCGGCCGGCGGCUCGCUGCGCAGCCACCCGCACCCCUGGCAGCGCACCUACACCGGCCAGCCGGCGAGGUGGGAGCAGGAGGCCCAGUUCUGCCGCCACGUGCGCUCCCUGCUCAAACCGCAGCGACUGCUCGACCUUGUGGACGCAGCUGUGUUGGACUUCCUGAUUCAGAACGGCGACCGGCACCACUACGAGACGCUCGGCCGCGGCGGGCCCAUGGUGCUCAUCGACAACGGCAAGAGUUUCGGGGACGCUGAUGUGGACCACCUGGACAUCCUGGCGCCGCUGCUGCAGUGCUGCAGCCUGCGCCGGCGCACGUGGCGCGCGCUGCGCGCGGUGCCGGCCGGCCAGCUGGGGCCGCUGAUGUCGGUGGUCGCCGCCGACCGUCAGGGGCCGCUGCUCACCGCGCCGCACCUGAGCGCGCUCAGCCGCCGCCACCAGGUGGUGCUGGAGGUGGUGCGCUGGUGCGAGCAGCACAGCCGGCCCGGCCACCACGUCCUCGUGGGCGACUGAUGUACGGACCUCGUGGGCGACUGAUGUACGGUCCUCGCGGGCGACUGAUGUACGGACCUCGUGGGCGACUGAUGUACGGUACUGGUGGGCGACUGAUGUGGGGUUCUGGCGGGCGACUGAUGUGGGGUUCUGGCGGGCGACUGAUGUGGGGUACAGGUGGGCGACUGGCCGUUGGGCUAAGGGCCGAGCGUGGUAUGGCCGAAGCGGGACACAAGUGUGACCGGAGUUCGAGCCGAGUGUCGCUGGAGUUGGAGCCGAGUGUAAUGGGAGUUGGAGCCGAGUGUAGUCGGAGUUGGAGCCGAGUGUAGUCGGAGUUGGAGCCGGGUGUGGCUGGAGUUGGAGCCGAGUGUUAGUCGGAGUUGGAGCCGAGUGUAGUCGGAGUUAGAGCCGAGUGUGGCUGGAGUUGGAGCCGAGUGCAGUCUGAGUUCGAGCCGAGUGUGGCUGGAGUUGGAGCCGAGUGUGGUGGCAGCUGGGGCGGAGUGAGGUCGGGAUUCGGAAAGGCCUGGCCGAGGUGUUGAGUGGAGAGUGGACGUGGUCGGACCCGUAUUCGAAGAUGUGGAUUGUGGAUGGACGAACACAGAGUAGCGAAAGGGUGGCGACUAAGUGAGAGAGGGCUGUAUAAACCGGGCUGCCGAGGCCCUCACUUCAUGCCAAUCCGUCAAUAACUGCUGUGUGUUGACGGUAUUAACUGAAGUGCAAAAUACAUGCGCAUUACACAAGGCUAGUCGCGUUGAGAAUGCGGUUUUAUAGUAAUAUAGAUGUACCGUGCACCGGUGAUCUUGCUAUAGAGGUAUGUCUUACUGUUAGACUGCUUCGUGAAGUACAUUGUCAGGCAUUUUGGUUUGCCGCUGCUUAGUGCACGGUUCGUAUUAGCUAGCGCUAGUUCACGUAUCUUUUUUUUUUUUUACUUUUAAGCCAAUAACCAUUUGGUGCGCUAUUUGUUGUUUCUACCAUUGUGUCGAGCACCUCUGUAUCACCGAAGUUCGCUACAAUAUACCAACAAUGCGGCCGUACCGUGAAUUCAA